GUGUGCGAGCACGAUCGUGAAACAUCGCGAUGCAAAAAGCGACCUUCUACGACAGCUCGGCGAUCUACGGUGGCUACCCCUACCAAGCAGCCAAUGGGUUCGCUUACAAUGCCAGUCAGCAGCCAUACGCGCCGCCUGCGGCUUUGGGCACCGAUGGCGUUGAGUACCACCGACCCGCCUGCUCCCUCCAGUCCCCCGCCAGUGCUGGGGGUCACCCCAAAGCUCACGAGCUGAGUGAAGCGUGUCUGCGCACCUUGAGUGGCCCUCCUAGCCAGCCCCCAGGCUUGGGUGAUCCGCCUUUGCCUCCUCCUCCUCCCCAGGCAGCACCCCCAGCCCCACAACCUCCACAGCCCCCACCACAGCCCCCUGCCCCCACUCCUGCAGCUCCCCCGCCUCCCUCUUCUGUAUCCCCCCCUCAAAGUGCCAACAGCAACCCUACCCCCGCCAGCACAGCCAAGAGCCCCCUUCUCAACUCUCCCACAGUGGGCAAACAAAUCUUUCCCUGGAUGAAGGAGUCGAGACAGAACACUAAGCAGAAAACCAGCGGCUCCAGCUCAGGGGAGAGCUGCGCUGGUGACAAGAGCCCGCCUGGGCAAGCUUCGUCCAAGCGCGCGCGCACGGCGUACACGAGCGCGCAGCUGGUUGAGCUGGAGAAGGAGUUCCACUUCAACCGCUACCUUUGCCGGCCGCGCCGAGUGGAAAUGGCCAACCUGCUGAACCUCACAGAGCGCCAGAUCAAGAUCUGGUUCCAGAACCGCCGAAUGAAGUACAAGAAGGACCAGAAGGGCAAGGGCAUGCUGACCUCGUCUGGGGGCCAGUCCCCAAGUCGCAGUCCCGUGCCUCCCGGUGCAGGAGGUUAUCUGAACUCUAUGCAUUCGCUGGUCAACAGUGUCCCUUAUGAGCCCCAGUCACCCCCUCCCUUCUCCAAGCCCCCCCAAGGCGCCUAUGGGUUGCCUCCUGCCUCCUACCCCGCUCCCUUGCCCAACUGCGCUCCCCCUCCUCCCCCACAGAAGCGCUACGCAGCGGCGGGGUCAGGCGCAGGGGGCACCCCUGACUAUGACCCGCAUGCUCACAGCCUUCAGGGUAACGGCAGCUAUGGGACCCCACACUUACAGGGAAGCCCCGUCUUCGUGGGGGGCAGCUAUGUGGAGCCCAUGAGCAACUCCGGGCCAGCACUCUUUGGCCUAACCCACCUCCCCCACACAACCUCGGCUGCCAUGGACUACGGGGGCACUGGGCCGCUGGGCAGCGGUCACCACCAUGGGCCGGGGCCUGGGGAGCCGCACCCCACCUAUACGGACCUUACUGCCCACCAUCCUUCUCAGGGAAGAAUUCAGGAAGCGCCCAAACUCACCCACCUGUGAUGAUGGGCUCGGGCUGCGUGCCAGGAG